UAUAAUGUCCAUACACUCUAUUAGACAUUUCCUUCCUUCCUUCCUUCCUUAUUUGUUUGUUUCUUUCUUAAUGCUCCAAGAGAUCAAUAGGUCUAAACAAAAAUGAGUUAUUGCAACAACUUUCAUCAUUUAACUUCAAGGAAUUAAUGAGUUAUUACAUGCAUGCGUAAAUAAGAAAAAUGAGCAUGCAAAAGGAGAGUCCUCUUAUUAGACUCCACAGUUUCGACCAAGGCCAUGCAUGGCUAGCUCUACUGCACCUUCUCAUUCACAUCUCACCGGCAGUAACCGGUCAGCCGGUAACCCCGCCGGUGCAACCCGACAGCAACAAAUCCGUGAUCGCCAUCAUGGCCAUCGUGGUCAUCAUGUUCCUCAUCUCAGCCUUCCUCUCCCUCUACUCCCGCAAGUGCUCCGACCGGCCGGUCCAGACACGUGGCAUCCUCGACCUCGCGGGCCCCACGGGCGCAGCCGGUAACCCGUUGCAAGCCGAAUCCAACGGCCUCAAUCAAGCCACCAUAGAAACGUUCCCAACUUUCCUCUACGCCGACGUGAAGGGUCUCAAGAUUGGAAAAGACACGCUUGCAUGCGCGGUGUGCUUGAACGAGUUCGAAGACAACGACACCCUCCGCAUGAUCCCCAAAUGCUGCCACGUGUACCACCCCGAUUGCAUUGGUGCGUGGUUAGCCUCUCAUUCCACGUGCCCGGUGUGUCGUGCCAACCUUGUUCCACAACCAGAAGACAUGAACACGAACACGAACACGAACAUGCCUUCAAUCUUGUCCAUUCAGAUACCCAAUGAAGAAGAACGUGAACAUGAACAUGAACAUGAAUACGAGGCUGUUAUUGUUGGUGAGGAACAUAAGAGAGAUGUUGACGUGGAGUCACCGAAGGUGGAUUUACUUCGGAGGAUUCGAACGUUGCACCAUGAUCAUCAGAGCCGUCCAUCGAGGUCGAAGUCGACGGGGUUCUUGUCUUCGCUCUUGUUUCCGAGAUCAAACUCGAUGGGGCAAUUGGCGCAGCAUGCUGGGGAGAACUAUGAGAGGUUUACGCUAAGGUUACCCGAGGAGGUACUACGGAGCCAGAUGGUGCUGAAGCGUGCGAAUAGCUGCGUGUGCUUUACGAGGAUGAGUAGUGGCACGUGGGGGUAUAGGACGAGAAGCGUGGGGAGAGGGUGUGUGCAGUACGAGAGGUUUGGUGGUGAGAAUGAACAGUGGGGUUUCACUUUGACGCCGCCAAGUCUCGUUAGGAACAGUUGGAAUAAUAAUAGAUCAACGAGAAAAUCACCGGUUCAGCGUUCGGGUGUGGCGUUGGAUAAUAAUAAUGCUGGUGAGAGAUCCACUGAAUUCUUGCGUCUUGGGUAGUUAGGGUAGCUACUAGGGACUGUUUAGAUACAAGCUAGGAAUGUUUUUGGAAACUUCUCUACGACUACUGAAAAUAUAGAAUCGUUUCCGACACAGAAACUCUCGACAGGACUUAUAGUCAUAUAUCCAAACAAGCUCUAACCAAUUAAAUUCUUAAUUUUUCUUGUCUUACUCAACUCGAAGAGAAAUAUCUAGUGUAGAAGACAAUCCUAGUUUCAUACGUUGGAGAAGUUGAUGAUUAUUCCGGCAUGUUAAUUUGAUGAGUAGAGAAUGAUAGCCAGGCAAUAAUUGUUAUGUUUAUUAUCAGUAGUAGUCUUUAAUAUUAUUUGUGUAAUAGAUAUAUCAUAUAUAUUUAUAUCAUGUGCAGUAGAAACUUAUUAUUUUGAAUGGA